AUGUUAAAAACAGAGAAAGUUUUACAUUUAAGGAGUUCCCGUGGGAGGAAGGUUCGUGUGGUCAGGGAGCAUUAUUUAAGAGACGAGGUACCGUGUGGAAGUAAGCUGUGUCAGGCGGGAUGUGAGAACAAUGCCAAGUUGCUGUCUGAAGAUGUAACCCACUAUGUAGUGCCAGAUGCUGGAGUGGUAAGAGACUUUCUGGAAAUUUUAGAGUUCAGGGAGUUUCAUGGCAUCGUGUUUACCCAGACAGCAUGCCAGGCUGCACAAAGCGCACGGGGACGCAGACACCAUAAGAGACUACGUAGUCUCCUCAAGGACCCUCGUCAUGACUGCAUCUAUUUUGCCAAUGAGUUCCAGAGCUAUUCAUACUGUGCCAGAGAUAAAGGAGAAACACCAGAGAAAUGGCAUACAAGGUGUGUGUAUCAGGCAGCAGUUUGGUAUUAUAACCAUCUGGCUGGAAUGAUGUCAGUAGUUAUGAUCACAGAAGAUCAGCAGGCCAUAAAAGAGUAUGGCAGCCUGAAUAGUGGUGUUUUUGUCAUCUCAACUCAAGAAUACCUGGGAAGUUUCUGGCCGGAUCUGCAGGCAGCACACGAGCUGUAUGCCUCCAUCGCUCAGACUCUACAAGAGCGAGAGAGCGAAGGAACAGAAAAGGAGUACACUGAGCACUUACCUGCGGAGGUACUGGAGGCCGGGAUCAAAUCUGGCAGGUUCAUUCAGGGCACUCUCAAUGUGAACAAGCAUCGUGCCCAGCAGGAGGCCUUUGUGCGUUUUGAGGGCUCGACAAGCAAGAACGCAGAGCUGAACAGUGAUGUGCUUAUCAGCGGGACGAGACAUCGUAACCGGGCAAUACAUGGUGAUGUGGUUGCGGUGGAGCUGCUGGCGCGGAGUGAAUGGGGGGGUCGUAGUAUGGCUUUAACAGAGGAGCGAGGGGAGGAGAAAGUAGAGGAAACACCGAGUCAGCCCAUGCCUACAGGCAUUGUUGUCGGUAUUGUGCAGAGGAACUGGAGGGACUAUGUGGUAACGUUUCCCCCUCGGGAAGAACUGCAGUCCCAAAGUCGAAACUCUCAAAAGAUCCUGGUUAUUCCCUGGGACUGUCGUAUUCCAAAGAUCCGCAUCAGCACACAACAGGCAGAAGCCCUGCAGGACCACAGGAUUGUUGUUCGCGUGGACUCCUGGGAGAGCACGUCUCUCUAUCCCAAUGGCCACAGUGUUAGAGUCCUGGGCAGGACGGGUGAGGUGGAGACUGAAAUUCAAACUAUAUUGGUGGAAAACUGCAUCCACGUGUCGCCAUUCUCUGAAGCACAGUUGCGUGAGAUGCCUGUAAACUCUAAGGAGCAGCCCUGGCAGAUGAACCACUCUGAGGUGAGCACUCGGCGGGACUUGCGCCACACACACCUGGUGUUUAGUAUCGACCCUGUGGGCUGCGAGGACGUAGACGACACCCUGUCGGUGCGAACCCUGCCUGAUGGAAAGCGCCUGGAGCUGGGAGUGCACAUUGCAGAUGUUACACACUUCGUUAAAGAAGGAUCCCUUACUGAUCUGGAGGCUCGUUCUAGGGCCACUACAUACUACCUGGCGGACCGUAGGUAUGACAUGCUGCCGUCAGUGUUGAGUGCUGACCUCUGCUCUUUGCUGGAAGGGGUGGACAGAUACGCUGUGAGUGUCAUAUGGGAGCUGGACAUUGAAUCUCUUAACGUGUGUAAUGUGUGGUACGGGCGCACUGUCAUCCGCUCCUCAUACCAGCUUCACUACGAGCUGGCUCAGAGCCUGUUAAACAGAGAGAAGGUCGAGGUACCAGAACUGGCCCGGUUACAGAUCUCUGAACGGGACGAGAAACUGGCCGAGCUUCGGAAUGCCCUGGACACGCUAACCCGAGUGGCCCGACACCUGCGUUCACAGAGGGACAAGGGUGGCGCUCUGGAGCUGGAAGGUGUGGAGGUGAGGGCACAGCUGGAUGAGGACAAGAACAUUGUAGCUCUGGUGCCCAAACAGCCUCUGGAGGUGCACGAGACGGUGGCAGAGUGCAUGAUCUACGCCAAUCACUGGGUGGCACGCAAGAUUCAGGAGGGUUUCCCACACCAGGCGUUGCUCAGGCGGCAUCCGCCACCCAGACAGGAGUUCUUUAACAAGCUGAUCGACAGCGCUAAGAGUCAAGGAUUUUCCAUUGAUACGCGAUCAAACAAGGCUCUGGCUGAUUCUUUGGACCAGGCAGUGGAUUCUAAGGAUCCUCUGGUAAACCGACUGCUGAGGGUGAUGGCCACCCAGGCCAUGUCAAACGCCCUUUACUUUUCUACCGGAGCUUGCCCCGAGGAUCAAUAUUUCCACUAUGGUCUUGCUCUGGAACGGUACACCCAUUUCACUUCCCCAAUUAGGCGCUAUGCUGAUAUCAUAGUACACCGCCUACUUAUGACUGCUGUCCAGUCUGAUAAAGAGGAAUGCUUACAGAAGAGCCUAGCUAACAACAAGGAAUUGGAGGAAUUGGCUCAGCAAAUCAACAACAAAAACAGAGCAGCUCAGCAUGCUCAAAAACAGUCCGUAGAGCUUUUCCAGUGCCUGUACUUCCGAGACAAGGACCCACUUACGGACGAGCUCUGUGUGGCCGAUGCUGUCAUCUACUCCAUUAGGGCCAACGGCGUGCUGGUCUUUGUGCCACGCUACGGUUUGAAGGGUGCAGUGUACCUGAAGAACCGGGAGAACCAGGUGGUGAGUGUUGGGAGUGAUGGCAGAUGCGAGUGGCAGGUGGGGACACUGAAGAGAUAUCCAGACAGAGUCAGCACCUGCACCAGUGCAGGAACACACACCUUUUACCUCUUCAACCAUGUGACUGUGCGCAUCUCUGUCCAGCCUUCCCGCUGCCAUCCUGACAAUCUGCAUCUGGAGCUCAUCAGUGACCGGCCACAUCACACCGACCUCACCGAAUCUCGUCCGAUUGGUCGCGCCCAGUCCGAGCUGGUGCAGGAGGUGGUCCGCAAGGAGGAGGCCACACUCCAGGCGGAAGAGGCGAAGACAAGGAAACCCAAACUGAGCCGAGAGGAGAGGGAGUUCAGGCAGAGCAAAGGGCCAAACCUGUACUCGCUCCUGCAGGAGAUCAGUGAGCUCGCUUUGCUCGACCUAACCAUCACUGAACCACAGACAUGUGCUACAUUAGCUUAGCUACGGGAAUUCAACCACAGUCCAAUUUUAAGUGAACUCUAAGAUUGGUUAAAGAUGGAUAGAAUUGCUUAGGUGUUGCCAUAACAAUAUUGGUAUUCAAUACUGUGGCAGGUUUGUAAAUUUACACUUUCGUUCAUUUUCUAUAGAAAGAAACUGGUUUCCAGUGCACAAAUGUAUGUGUUUUGUGAACCAGGAAUGCUUUAGAUGAAAUAUUUUAUUGAUUGCAUUAUU